AAAUCAUGAGCCCUUCACACUGAAACAUCAAGCCAGAGAAUGUUCAGUGGUUCUUCAAGGAAGUCAGGGAUGCAGUUUUAAUAUGUUUUCAAUGACUCCUUCAAUCCAGUCCCAGAUCAAAGGCUGUAAUGGACGUGGCUGCCCGAUGGAGCCCAGCGAUUGUGAGGAGCAGUUUACUUCGUAUCACAAGGACUGGAGGGCAGAUGAGGAGGAUGGCGAAUUAGAGGAGGAAGAUCAGUGGGAUGAAGAUGAAGAGUGGGAUGAAGAUUCUCACAAUGAAGGGCAGAAUGACGAGUCGAGCACGGAUGAGGAGACUGAGGAAACUGAAGAAAUUGGCCGUUUUCGGAUUUUUUUACCUCAAGAGUAAUCAUUCCUUUGGUUACAUUGAGAGCUUAAGUGCUCCUGAUGGUGUCUAGUCUUGAGAUUGACCUUGAAGAUGCUGAGGCGUACCUCGGAAGGUUCUUGCGUUUCAGAAUGUUUCGAAACCAUCGUGGUUUCAAGGCAACCUCUCCCAUUGAAUUGCUGUCGAGUAUGGUAUAGGGCUUCUGAGCGAUCAGCUUGACAAGAAAUUGGAAGAGCGGAUGAAAGAGAUCAAGAGACAAUCGCGCCAAGAUCAGCGAGAGCAGAAGAACCACUGGACAGCACAUCGAACGAAAGAAGAGGCGAACGAAAGAAAGACACGCAAGUCACGAAAGAGCAGUAAUUUGAAGAUUUCCAAGAACCAGGUUGUCAAAGGUUAUCCUCCUCAUGGAAGAAUGCAGCUAUUUCGCCUGAAGUACCCAGUUACUUUCAAGUGCAAAUAUCGUGGUUUCAGAGAGACCUCGAGCUACGUGGCUCUUGGACACAAUAUGGAGUGCCUAUCGAUGCAGGCUUACUAUCAAUUUGAAAGGAACCAGAAAAGGAAAAGGAAAAGGACACGGCAGGAAGGGAAAAGGAGGCUCCAAGGGGAGCGCAAAGGGUGUCCUGAAGGGCAAAGGAAAAGGACAAUCAAUGGGCAAAGGUAAAGGCCGAGGCAGAACGGGCCAAAAGCCAAGAACGAUUGCGGACCUGUCCGUCAAGCGGAAGCGGCCAUUUUGGAUGCUGCCUCGUGGGUUCGGGAUGCUGUCUUACUGUAGCGGUCAACAUCGUCUAUUUUUUAUGUGAAGAGCUGGAAGCUGCGCUGACACAUGUGCAUAGAUCAUCUCCAUCACAAUCAGAGUCAGAGGCAACAAAAGAGCUACCGGGCUACCGGUUUCUAACAUGGACAAAUGUAACAACAGGAUGUGUUAAUUCAGUUAUUAACACACUUUUACGACACCCGAACUUAAAGCCGUUGCUUUUCCUCUGAUUCCGGAGCUGUUUUUUCUGCCCGAAGCAUCGAUCGCGAGUUCCGGUGGCGGCCGAUGAAAACCGCCAGGUAUGGUGGGACGACGUACUUCAU